UCUUGUGGGCUGUGUAUGAGGGGUUUAUAUUGAGUAGCUGCGAAUAAGUUGGCAAUUUUAUCAUAUUUAUGGAAAGUAUGAUAGCCUCACUUUUAAGAGGGUUUCGCACGACCUCAGGGAUUCUUGCGUCUCGACAAAUGUCUAUGUCAACGCCAAUCGGUGAGGUGAGACGGGCGGCCUCGUCACUGCACAGCGUGCCGGCGGCGCUGGACCGCCAGCAGGAGCUGCUGCUGGACGAGAUGUGUCUGCUGGUGGACGAGAACGACCGCCAGGUGGGCGCCGCCACCAAGCGGCGCUGCCACCAGUGGAGCGACGGCUCGUGCCCGCUCCACCGCGCCUUCAGCGUGUUCCUGUUCGACUCGCGCGACCGGCUGCUGCUGCAGCGGCGCUCCGACGUCAAGAUAACAUUCCCGGGCAACGUGACCAACACAUGCUGCAGCCACCCGCUGGCCGUGCCCGGCGAGACUGAGGCCGAGGGCGGCAGGGGCGUCAUCCGGGCCGCGCGCCGCCGGCUCGCCAUCGAACUCGGCAUCGACCCCAAACAGGUGCCGACCUCUGCCUUCCACUACCUGACGCGGAUGCACUACAAGGCGGCCUCGGACGGCGGCGUCUGGGGCGAGCACGAGAUGGACUACAUCCUGGUGGUGCGCGCCGACGUCGACCUGGCGCCCAACCCCAACGAGGUGAAGGCGGUCGACUACGUGGCGCGCCACGAGCUGACCGGCUUCCUGGCGCGCCUGCGGGCGGACGGCGUGCUGCCCACGCCCUGGUUCCAGCUCAUCAGCGACACGUGGCUGAUGCGCUGGUGGGAGAACCUGGACAGCCUGGCGCAGUUCGAGGACCACCAGACCAUCCACCGGCUGUGAGCGGGCUGUCGGCCGGCGGGCGCUGACGAGCCGCAGGCGGUCCGGGACGGAUGUAGGUAGGCCGGGACAGCGGUUACACGCUGGCCUGUGGGAGACCCGCCCGCUGUCGGGUAUCACGGUACCGUUAUGAAUCGGCGCCGCGUGGUCCCAUCAGUAGGUGAACCUCAUGUUACUUCAAGUCCGUGGCGGUGCACAGGCACGCUUUACUCUCCACAGCGGUGGAUCUGCUUCGCCCUCGACUCUUCCAAUGCCCACAUUUUUUCCAAACAAGUGCACUAAUUUAAAGCGAAAGGGUAGUCGUUACGUUUAUGUCAUAUGUAAUGCCAUGUACGAUAACAAGUUUCGAAUUUCCUGUGAAAAGUUUGCCAGCAUGCACAAUCCCAAGCGUGGGGACGCGCCCCCCCGUACCCCUCCCCCGCUCCCACACCGCCCCUGUCGGUCCCCGCCGUCCGUCCUGUCAUCUUGGCUCGGGCCUCCGUCAGUACCGGGUUAUAUUUGGAUAGUGAGUCGCCCACACCACAGGGCUCCGGCUCCGUGACUGACCGCUCACGGCCACACGAAUUCAUCGUUCAGCCUAGUAACGUAGUAAUUUAUAACGUAGUUAAAUCGUAGCAGAAAAACGAUGGGCAGAUGCAAUCGUACGGCAAAUAGCGUUUUAUGAAAUGUUGUCUGUUGACAUUUGUAUAUUUAGAUUUAAUAGGAGGGGCUGAUGGCGACUUUUCAUUGAUAUUUCUUUUUGCGCAGAUAAGGGCGUAAACAUCACACAUCCAUUUAACGAUUGUUUGACUUUUUCUUCCACCGCUGGUUGAGUAAGCAGGUGUGCCAACGGCUGAUCUGCUUGCGAAAUGUGUGCUGGUUGCUGAAUGUCAUGUCGUUGCCUUCUAGUUUCGCACGAAUUAGACCACUGACCUGACGUGGGCAUAGCGAUGCCGUCUGAAGUCGUUGUUGUGCCCACAGAUGAAUUAAUGCUCAUUUAGGGCCGCCCCGUCGUGUACCUACACCCCGAAUCCUCCGUAGCUCUGCCGUCCGGCCCGCGGCUACCCCUCCCCCUCUCCCGCGCCGGAACGUCCGGUCGCCUAUCGGGCCAUCGCUUCCGCUCUGUCCGGCAUGGUCUGAGAUCCGUUCAAAGUACAUGUUAGAGAUGUCAAUCGGAUACCAACUUUUUGGUAUACCGAUACCAAACCGAUACCAACUUGGUAUUUGGUAUUUCAAUCGUAAUGUGUUUGGUAUUUUGUUGGUAUCAUAAACCCUUAAUGU